CGGACAGUUUUCCUUAACCAAUCAUCAUUCCCUCAUCCCAUUAAAUUUGCUCAAAUAAUUAAAUAUGACAGGCAUGGGUUCUUCCAUCGGCCGUGCCACCAUUUUCUACUGCGUUGCUCUAUCCAUAAUUGCCGGCGCCGCAGCGACACAGGUGCCCCCCACCGAAGCAGAGUCCGUAGAAGCGGCAGAGCUUGCGUCCUCUGCCUUCAAGGCCGACACGUUGCCCUCAGCCUCCCGCAAGCUGAUGGCCGUUAGUGACGUGCCGCUAGCGCCGGUGUGCCCGGUGCGGUUCGACAAGAUGAAGGGGCCCGCCAUCGAGCUGGGAAAGAAGUGCAAGACGACAGGGGUGAAGGUGUGCUGUGAGGCGUUCAAGACAUUCGCAUGCCCGCACAACAAGCUGAUCAAUGACGUCAACAACGGAUGCGCGGACGAAAUGUUCUACACCAUCCACACCUACGGCCAAUUGCUGCCGGGAACCAUCUUCAAGAAAUGCCUCGAGGGACCGCAUGGGAUGAAGUGUUGAAUUCGAUCGUGCUGAUUCGACUUGCUCGAUCGAUAUCGCUCCGUUGUUGCUAGCCUCCGGCCUGAUCUAUACUACCUAUAACGAUGAAUGUCCCUUUCGUCAUCUUGCAAUGUAACUAAACUUACUUUUAUUACUUCGAAAUGCAAUGAACCACAAAAGGUUUAUUACAAUUUUCUCCUAGGAUAUUGGUUGAACAUAAAAUGUUAACCAUAAACACAACAUUUAAAAGUGUGAUGAAGAGGGCGAGCGUUUAAAAGUUGCAUGUCGUAAUCUUGAGGCAAUGGUUAUACAACUGUUUACCAA